AUGCUUGGCACUACAACGCUGAUUGAUGCGGUUUUACCUAUCAAGAAAGUGUCAAAUAGGACAUUAAAAUGCGCUUAUCUCUUUCGUGGCGACUCGCUGUACAAUAAAUCUGUUGACAUUGAAGCUACGGGUCCUGAACCAGAACGUGUUCACGUUUAUGAUCCAUUUUGUCCAGUUCAUGGCUCUAGACGUCGACUAGUCAUUAGUAGACGUGACACAGGAGAUUCGGCCCUUGAUUAUCAUUUUGCAAACAUAGAGUCGGUGGAUGAAGUAGCAUAUUACAUUUUCAGCCAAGCAUUUUCUGCAAAGUUGAUUAGAAAACGUAAACGCGCUCUUUUGUCUGGCUCCGAAAAAUAUGAAAGUGAAAAAGCGAAACGAAAAAUUCGAGUGAACUUGUGGAUAGUUAGCCUGACUUUUUUAUUUCUUUUCACGGCUUUCCAUGGGUUGCAAAACUUGCAGUCAUCCAUCAAUGGUCAUUUAGGAACUGAUUGUCUCGCAAUCUUUUAUGUCAGCCUCUCAGUGUCAUAUCUCUUCAUACCGUCAUUCAUCUUGAAUCGACUUGGGUGUAAACGUACAUUGAUUGCUUCAUCCGGAAUAUUCAUGAUUUACAUGUUGUCUAAUUUUCUACCAAAGUACUAUUCGCUUAUUCCGGCAUCUAUUUUAGCUGGUUGUGCAGGAAGUUGCCUUUGGGCAGCAAAAUGUGUAUAUAUUCUGGAAAGCGGGACGAAAUAUGCUCAAUUAAAUGUAGAAGCACAAAAUGUUGUCAUUAUUAGGUUUUUUGGUUACUUCUUCAUGGUGCUUCAUCUUGGCCAGGUUAUCGGCAAUAUUAUUUCAUCAUCCAUUCUAACAUUUGCAACUGGAUACCAUGAACCGGAAGAUCAUGUACAAAAAUGCUGCGGCUAUCUAUUUCACAGUAAUGUAUCAUAUCUAAGCUUACAAGCAGCGAAAAACUUGCAACGCCCUCCUCAAAAUGUUUAUUUUUCACUUUGUGGUAUCUACUUUUGUUGCACGAUAGUUGCAUUAAUGGUUGUAUUGCUCUUUCUCAAUUCGCUUCGAACGGAUGAAAUUGCUCGACUGAAGGCUCCGUCUUUCUCAAAAGAUAUUUUCAAGGCCAUAUUUCGAAAUCUUACCUAUCCAAAGCCUUUGCUACUCAUUCCGUUAACAUUUUUUAAUGGUAUCGAGCAGGCCUUCGUGGUAGGCCUUUACACAAAGAAUGUAAAACAGGCUUAUAUUGGUUGUGGUCUCGGUAUUAGCCAAAUUGGUUUCGUUAUGACAGCAUUUGGUGUCGCAGAUGCUAUUUGUAGUUUAGUAUUUGGUCCGUUAAUGAAACUUUUUGGACGAAUGCCGUUGUUUGUCUUUGGAGCAGUUAUCAACAUGCUUAUGACUUUGACACUUUUAAUUUGGCCAUUAAAUCCUGGGGACACAUCACUUUUUUAUGCAAUUGGAGGCGUUUUUGGUAUGGCGGACGGUGUCUGGAAUACGCAAAUCAGUGGAUUCUGGAUUGCAUUAUCAGCAAGUCAUCUCGAAACUGCGUUUGCAAAUUACCGAUUCUGGGAGUCAGCAGGGUUCUCCUUUGGACUUGUUCUCAUUCGUUUUACCAGUAUUGCUCAGUUCCUGCUCAUUUCAUUAGCAAUGCUAUUAGUUGGAAUGAUUUGCUAUUUAGGGGUUGAAUUUUACGACAAUAUCACCGUUAGUUUGAUUUUACCCGUAAAAAUAUUAUUUGCUUUCGAAUGUUAG